CUUGUACGACCAUCACCAUUUUAACUACCAGCUCAUGGCAUUACCCACCACCUUUCCCUCCAACUGGAAUCCUUAUAAAAGCUGCCCCUGUGUAAACCGCGCCAUCCCAUCCUACAAAAUUUCUGUCACAGACGCAGAUGGUCCUAUCGCUGAUCAUCCCGAUCUCGGGAAACUUGCACGCUCCAAUGAUACACCCAAUCUGUCUGAAGAGAAGACCCUUUGGAGGAUGGUAUCAGAUUCUGGAAAACGUAUUGACGCCCUCGAUGCUCAGGUGCUGAAGUUGAAGGUGCUGAAACAGGCUUUUGUCGCACGCAUCGACGAAGAGCUGGCUGCGUUCGAUAAAGAACGACAACGCCUCUCUGAUAGCAUACGAGAACGGCAGCCUCUUCUCGGUGCAUUGCGUCGCAUGCCAAAAGAAAUCCUGGCUCACAUUUUCUUUUACACCCUCGUCUUUCCUUCUCCACGGGUAACGCCCUCGGCGGAUCUGUCAGUAUACGGCUAUUGGUCCGCGUUUUCUGCCAGUAAACACCCCCUUCUAUCAUUUGAACUGGUGUGUCGUAACUGGAAAGACGUUCUUGACAUAUUCCCUAACCUGUGGUCUUAUGUUAAUAUCCUCAUCGACCGAAUGCAUUCCAGUGCGUACAUCCGCUACAUUGAAAACCAGUUGGCUCGCUCUCGACAGUGCCCAUUAUCAAUCUCGAUACGCCACAGUGCGAGCAAUCAGCCAUAGGGUAAAAACCCUCCAUAUUGGCCUCCCUGGCAGAUAUUUCGCCGAUAUGAGGCAACUUCAUUUAUCCUUCCCCGAAUCUACAAGAACUUGUUCUCAGUUCGUCAUCCGAUACUUCGGAGGCUGCUCAGCACCUCGAUUUCGGUCCAUUGCCGCAUUUGCGGGUCUUCAAUGCUACGGAUAUCAGUGAUGUCUACAAACUAUCCCUCCCUUGGCACCAGAUCACUCAUUUCACAAACGUGCACUUGCGAGUAGGACGCGGAUCACCCGCUCAUCGUGCUCUGGAGAUCUUAAAAAUGAUGUCCCGUCUAUCUGUUUGUCGUUUCUCCCUUGACCUGCAA